GCCUGCUUUGUGUAGCACAAUGCUUAGUCGUGGCGGCCUUACAUAGAUAUGUUAUCUCUUUUCUCUGUUGCCCAGGUUUCCAAUUAUUUAAAACCUCGUUCCCGAUAUUUGUUCACAAUCGUCUUCGCUUUAACUACAAGAUAACAAUAUGCCUCUCAGCAUGCACAUCCCAGGUUUGCGCAAAAAAUCCGAAGUGGCCUACCACGUAGUAGAGGCGGGCAUACGUACCGGGAAAAUCUCAGGCAAACAUGCUCAAAUUCCAGACUGGCCUUCUGAGCCGCGACGCAUAGAGCGCACAUUGCUUUGGAUCUUUGCCGAUUUCGCUCUACUCACGCUCCCCAUAGCAUUCAUAGUACUCGCAAUUCUGGCUUCUGGGCUGGACGGGCAACCCACUUCUCGAUUGGGAAAAGACAUACAAAAUGCGUCUCUUCUCGGUCCAACCAUAUUUCCUCUCGCUUUCGCAGCGUUGGGUGGCCGGAGUCUCAAGAACAUUGCGUUAUGGAAUGCCGAAAGAGGUACAACGCUUGGAGUUCUCGAGCUCCUUGUUGGUAGUCGAAGUUUUGUGGCCGCAGUAGGCCACGCGAUCAAUCUUCGUUCGCCUAGUCUUCUUGCUUUCGGCAUACUUAUUCUUUGGACACUUUCGCCCUUGGGAGGCCAAAGUGCUUUACGAUUGGUGUCGGAGACAAACCGUACGAUAUCAGUAAACGGUCCUGUGUAUUACGCAAAUGUCGAUGCGUGGAGUGGCUACAUGGUCGUGACCGCUGCUUGGCCUGACAACGUAAACACUGCGAAUUCUGUGAGUGCUACUGUUUCGAUGAGUCUGUUGACUUCUAAGACCUGGGACAACUCAUCGUUCGAUGUGUGGUCUCAUCCUAAGGUACCUCGCAUUGAAGAUCUUGAGCGCGAUGAGGCCGAGAAUCAAAACGAACGCCCGUGGUACAUUAUCGACAGAUCUACACCCGCCAACUAUGCAUCACUCACUGGUGUUCCUAUCUUGAAUUUGGAAGUCAAUGUUCUCACGAAUCUGACAAUUCCAUAUGAGUACAUGUACUUCGACUGCAGCAAGAAGAUGGAUGAAUCACCCGACGACGAACAGCAUGAUGUGCCGACUUAUUUGCGUAGCCUGGUACCAAACCUUUACGGUCCCAAUCUCAAUACCCUCGUCGAAAACAACUCCACGAGUUUCGUUGAUCUAUUUACGGCUAGUGCAGGCGGGUUCGAAGACUAUAGCAGCAGCUUUUUCCUCUACGGGACCAGGAGCGAAAACAACAACAGAACCUACGCAGUGCCUGACAGACUUUUGUACGGUACCAUAAAUAUAGACACCCGCGUUUUUCUCUACGAAUGCUCUAUGAAGAGCGUGUUGACAGAGAUUAACGUGGUGUGUCUGUCAGACGACUGCGUAGUCGAGCGCGUACGCCGCCUGGACAAACCUCGAAACAAACGAGGCACUGGCUGGAACAACGAAUACAAUGGUACGCCAUACGAUGUGAUGCACGAUAAUAUUACCAAUGCCAGGUUUUUCCAGUACUUCACUACCAUCGCACCGGUCAACAGCAAUCCUCAUCCCAUCGACAGCUAUGUCUACGGCGCUACUCCGUGGGGUGAGGGCGGGUUUAGGCACGUUGCUUCUCCACAUGAAUGGGAUAAUGUAUCUACUAUCGACAUAUCAAAUCGACUGACACGAGUAUUGAACACAUACUGGGACACCUCGCGUUGGAGCAAUGCAGUCACUCGAAACGACUUCUUUACAAAACCCACUUUUUUGAAUUCCACCAGUUCAGAAGACGAAACUUGGGGUUACACAAACUUGAACAUGAACAUAACAAACGCCCAAAUCAGCCAUCAGAUCCUCAUCUAUGAAGCCCACUUCUUAUGGGUUGCGGCUUCCGUUGUGUGCUCGACUAUCCUUUUUCUUCUCGGUACCUUCAGCUUCUUCCUAUCGCUCACAACAACAGCACCAGAUAUAUUCGAUUACGUAUCAUCGUUUACGAGAGAUAACCCCCAUAUCAUUGGGCUGCAAGGAGGAUCAUCGCUUGAUGGGGGAGAUCGCGCGCGUCUGCUUCGAAAUCUGCCAGUCCAAUUAGGCGAUGUUGAUGCAGAUGCAAAGGAAGGCUAUAUCGCGUUGAGGAGUAUAGAAGGGGAGAGAGACUGUCAAAGGCGGCGGGUCCAGAAGGGAAGACUAUAUCGGUAGAAUGAUAUACUUGCAUAGCGAUCAGAUCUCAGUUAAACACAGAAGAUGAACAGAAGAGUGUACAAACAGGGUAUGCCUAGAUUCCUCUCCGGCC